AUGUCAUGGUUACUUAAAUUGACACACCCCAGUUUAUUGUAUCCAGAUGCUGCAUUGUCACUCUCGUUCUGUAUCUCAAGUAUAUCCUACAUCAUACUGUGUUUUGUUCUGCUUGGGCUUUGUGCAUCCGAAUACCUAUGUCCUAACGUAGCUAAUAUUGCAGAGAGACGGUCAAAUCGUGUGAAAUAUAAUACAGGUGCCGUUAUGGCAGUCUUAUUGUCAUGGUGUAACUCUUCUCCAGACCUGUUUUCAAAUUUCAUGACGUGGACUACGUCAAACACAACUACAUCAGCUGCUUUAUCUGUAGGUGAGAUCCUGGGGGCUUGCGGUAUUAUACUAUGCAUUGUGGAAGGUUCAAUCUUCAUAAUAAUGUCAAAUACCACUUUGUCAAUAACUAAGAAUCAGCAAGUCGCCAUAUCAAAGGAUUUAGCGUUCACAUUCGUUGCUAUAUUUGUCAUGUUUUACAUUUCAUUGAGAAACAGAAUAACGGUUUUGAAUUGUUUUUUAAUGUUGUCGAUUUACACACUUUACAUAGUUACAAAGCUAUCGAGUAGCAAUUACACACCAGAGAUGGCUAAUGAAGGUUUUGAUGAAGAGAAUUUGCUGCCAAGCAGAAGUAUUGAUCAAUUAAAUAGUGGGAUAAAACCCAGUAUUAUCUCCGCUAUGGAUUAUAAUAGCUUAUUAUCCAUGUUAGAAAACUCUCCUUCGAAUAAUUCUGUCAUGAAUGCAGAAGAAUUAGUCAGCUUGCAGCAAAAUGAUGCGGAAGAUGUAAUUGUUGUGGACCCAAUCAGACCGUCGUCGGAACCUCUUCCGAACUCAACACAUCCUCCACUAUCAAGUAAUAUAAGAAGUGCGCCGGCUACUUUCAAACCAUACCAUGAUUUUCCAGAAGAAGAAGCCGUAAUUAUGGCAGCACCAAACACUCCAGAACAAGUGCCUAUAAUAGUGAUAGAUCCACCGAAGUCUGAAAAAGCUGUGAAUAUGAAAAAACUGUUGGUUGAAAUGUUCUUCCCACAUAUGUUAAAUUUCUCCCAAAAAUCUAAAAUUGAUGCGAGUCUUUGUCUAAUAACAGCGCCCUUCAUUUUUAUCUUACAGCUAUCAUGUCCUCAAACAAAUGAUCUCUUAGAAUUUGAUAAGGCUUCAGGUAAAUUCAUUUAUUCAACGUUGAAGUUCAUACUGUUAUUGAUACAAAGUUUGAUUUGUCCACUAAUCUCUUUCGCUAUAUUGUCAUGUCUACUAGCAAAAUCAUUCCCGAUGUUUUUUUGGUUCAUACCAUUUUCAUGUUCUAUAAGUUUGUUUGGUCUGGUCUUGAAUUUAUACCGAACAUUACAAUUGCAUAACACAUUUUCUCUAUUUGAAACAACAUCUGGGUUUUCCAUUGAAGCUGAAGAAAAAAACAAGAGACGUAGAAUGCUGGAUAAAAUGAAUGAUUUCCUUAGAAUUACAUUCCUCUCGAUCGGGAUCUUCAACUCUAUCUUAUACAUUUCGCUUCUUGCAAAUUCGCUGAUUGAAAUGUUAGAACUAUAUCAAAUUUUGACUGGAGUUUCUAAAGCCAUCUUAGGUCUUACAAUAUUCGCAUGGGGUAACUCGGUUGGUGAUUUAAUUUCAAAUAUUGCAAUGUGCAGACUAUAUUUAAAAUUUCCUCAUCAAGAAGAUGCAGAACAAAUUCAAACGAUUGCAACCAAGUUUUUUGUCAUUUCAUGCACUUCUUGUCUCGGUGGUGUUAUGUUGAACUCGAUGGCGGGACUAGGUUUCAGUGGUUUAGUAUCUAUGAUGUUCAUACACAAGCAAUCUGAUGAAUGGUGGUUCUUAAGGUUUACCGCAUUGCAAGAAACAGCAAACUACAAUUAUACCUUCAUAAUUUCAUGUUUAACCAUUAUCCUGCAAAUUUUACUGAUGAUACUCAUAUUUAAUGGACCUUCAAAAGUGCGUUCUUGGUUCCGAGAAAGAAUGAAGAUUUCUGGUUUGAUUAUGUGUGGGCUUUGGGGCAUUGCUACACUUUGUAAUGUUAUGAUAGAAAUAUUUAGUCAUUAG